GACUCACUUGCCCCCAUCAGAGUCUUCCUCCCUCCCGACCGCCGUGCUGCACUCCUCAUCCUCACCGCAUGUGUGUGUGUUAGUGUGUGUGUGAGAGUGUGUGUGCUCGCUGGCGUCAACACGGAGCUAUCAGUCCCCCCGAGGCGAUGGAUGCACACACACCGCGCACAGAGCUCCUUCUGCCGCACGACUACUUGAUGCUGCACCGCUAACAGGCAACUAAGUGGAACUACGUUCUUCAUCACGGAAAUCUGACCAGAACUGGACUUAGGAGACCAAGUGGGGGAUGCAGAAUGACUCGACUAUCGCCGCCUCAGAAUCAUCUUGGCUGCCGGCCGCCAUGACGUUUCCCAACAGCAGCGGCAACUCCAGCGGUGCUUUGGAGGGGGCCAUCUACCAGCCGUUGUCCCUGUUCAGUGUACUGACGCUCACCCUCCUGGCCAUGCUGGUGGUGGCCACCUUCGUGUGGAACCUGCUGGUGCUGGUGACCAUCCUGCGUGUGCGGACGUUCCACCGCGUGCCCCACAACCUGGUGGCCUCCAUGGCCAUCUCGGACGUGAUGGUGGCAGCGCUGGUGAUGCCGCUGAGCCUGGUUCACGAGCUCAACGGGCGUCUGUGGAAGCUGGGCCGUGUGCUGUGCCAGGUGUGGAUCUCUUUUGACGUGCUGUGUUGCACAGCCAGCAUCUGGAACGUGACGGCCAUUGCGCUGGACCGCUACUGGUCCAUCACCAGACACCUGGAGUACACGCUCAAGACACGCAAGAAGAUCUCCAACGUGAUGAUCGCCCUCACGUGGCUGCUGUCCUCCAUCAUUUCGCUGUCACCGCUCUUUGGCUGGGGCGAGACAUAUUCCGAGGGCAUGAAGUGCCAGGUGAGCCAGGAGCCGUCCUACACCAUCUUCUCCACCUUCGGAGCCUUUUAUCUGCCUCUCUGUGUGGUGCUCUUUGUCUACUGGAAGAUAUACAAGGCGGCCAAGUUCCGGAUUGGCUCCCGCAAGACCAACACCAUCACACCCAUGGCAGAGCAAACACCUCUCAGGAGCUGCAGAAACAUCAUAAAGCCUUCACACUCAUUUGUUCACAUGAACCGCUCACACGUGCACAGAGACACCUGCCACACUGCGCUAGGCUUGAUCCACUGGCAGCAACAAUUCCACAAGGCAGGCCAACAGAGUUCCUCAUGCAGCACAGCUUCCAAGUUAGCAAAGGUGAAGGAAGAAGCUCAGCGUCCUCAGUUGGUGUUCACUGUUCGCCACGCUACUGUUACCUUCCAGACGGAUGGCGACACAUGGCGUGAGCAGAAGGAGAAGAAGGCAGCGCUGAUGGUGGGCAUCUUAAUCGGCGUCUUUGUGCUCUGCUGGAUCCCGUUCUUCAUCACCGAGCUCAUCGUCCCACUUUGCUCGUGCGACAUCCCGCCCAUCUGGAAAAGCAUCUUCCUGUGGCUGGGCUACUCCAACUCCUUCUUCAACCCCCUCAUAUAUACCGCCUUCAACAAGAACUACAACAACGCUCUGAGGAACCUCUUCUCCAGGCAGCGUUGAGUGCCACUCACCUGUCUGCAAAGAACUUAUGACUACAAAUUGGUCCUUCUCCUCGUAUUUGUGUCCGACCUCACAGCAGGCCCGAGGCAGCUGUCUUCAAAGAGGCCAAUGAAUGUCUUUGUUAAGGAGAAAUGCUUUCCAACUCCCUUCUCAACACUUUCAUCAUCAGCAUGUGUGCAGCUGCUGGGAAUUGUUGCAAACAUUUUAUAAGAAGGUGGGGGGCGGUGUUUAAAGGACGGAACGGAUUGAAGCAGCAAACUACUGAGGGAGUCAUUUGUGUACAAGCAAAUGCUCAUUUGGUGUAAAACAUCAGGAGUGAAAUGGAAUUUGACUCGUGCGACAGACGGCUGACAAAAUGAAGGAAACCAACAGCUUAAAAUUAAUAAAGCCUGCAAAGUCUCAUGAAAUCCAAUAAAAUCCAACCAUGCUCAAACUGUCAGGGAGGUACUCAUUCAAUAACAUGUUUAUUAUUGUGCUUGUAUCACACUGAGAGCUGUUUCUAAUAGGGACGGUCUGAUCAUAUACUCUGGAUUGAUAUCAGUCCGAAAAUAAAACCCCUACGAUCCGAUCCAAACGGCCAAACUAUCACAUAAAUGCUCAAUUUAACGUUGCGUGACAAGCCGUAGAGGGAGGCGCAGCGGCUGUAUUGCAGCACAGAAGAGCCUCAUAGAGCCUCACGCUGUUGUCAUGUCAGCUGUGUGGAGUCACUUAACGUGCAAUAAAGAGAAAAGGAAAACAGCCGAGUGACAGCAGCAUUGAACAUGUCACCGCCACAAAUUUGAUCAAACAUCUGCAAAAGCAUCACAGUAAGGGGUAUGCUGUUUUUCCAGUCAACUAUUGUAAAGGAGAAAGGUACAGUUAUUCAAUCCACUGCUGUGUUGGAAGCUCAGCCGACCGAGACUGCCCUCCUAAACUAAAUUUGUCUGUGCACUUUCAACAAGUGUGAAGAGCAAACGGUACUUCGGCACAGCCUCUGUUAUUAUCCAUGAAAGGAAGAGCAGACUGAUAGCUCAGCAGGAUGAAAAUGUAAAAACAACCUGCCCUCAUGCUGGUGUGACUACAUACAUUAUGUGAGUGACACAAUAGGGCAGGUAUGAGGUUCCAUUGUAUAUUUUCAAGUGGAUUUGCUAUUAUUUGUAUGCUAUAAUUAAUGAAGUUAUGGUGAAGAUUGCAACUAGUUUUGUGCCAUGUCACUGGGCAUCUCAUUGUAUACUGGAAUUCUUAUUUCUUUUUCAAUUGUAUUUUGAACCUUUAAAAGGUGCUGCUAGGUCUGGUGACCAAUCAAAAAUGUUAUGAAAAGCUAUUUGCAUUUCAUGAAAAACUGCACUUUUGGGGGAAUUUUUUAUCCUCAAUACCUAUUUGAGAUGAGAACACACGUCUUUCCCUUUUCUAUACGUUCUUGAUAAACGCUUCGUGCUUGCCAACAACGCUCCAUUUACAUGCCAUGACCCUCAUGUUAACCAAGCUUUCAAAACAUUGUUUUUGGACGAGCUAAACACUGAGGAACUACUUUUCUGGCGUAGUGACACGGCUAGAUCAACUGUGGACAUACAGUAGCUGUGACAUCAAGCACAUGUAUCAAAAUCAUCAUGGUGGCUUACUGGAUGGACAAUGUACGAUCUGUACCGGAAACACGAUCGGUUCUGCACAUGUGCAAAACCUACGUCACUUCCUCCACUUGCAAAUUUUUACAACAGCGCCACGUGCUGUGAUAUUUAUGACAAUUUUUUCAUUUAUGAACAUAAAUGGUCAAUAACAAUACUUUGUAUAUGUAAUAAAUUGGCUGUUUUUUUCUUAGUGGCUCAUAUUAAAAGACUUCGCCAGCAUGCGGAUGUUUUUAUCGUCUUAUAUUCACCAAGAGUGACUACGUAAAAACUUACGCAAUGCACUUAGCCCAUGCACAGAUGCACCACAGGCGUUUACGUCAUAUCCGGUCACGUAUAAUACAGUGUUCCUUCGUUUAUCGCUGGGGAUAGGUUCCCAAAAUAGCCUGCAAUAAGUGAAAUCCGCGAAGUAGCCAACUAUAUUCUUGUAAAAUUAUUAUAUAUGUUUUAAGGCUGUAAAACCCCUCACCGUACACUUUAUACACUUUUCUCAGACGGGCAUUAACAUUUUAACACAUUUCUCUUUGGUUUAAACACUCUGAAAGUUAAAAUUUCGUUUGAAAUUGAAUGAUAAACUUACAAGAUUAAGCGUAACGAUUGAUCGUGACUUGCCCUGGCACCGUUAGGCUGUAGUGUUUUUGUAUCCUUGUUAAAACAUAUUCCUCCUCCAUGAACAAAGAUUCAUUUACAGUGUUCAUGCGCCCUUCUGCCUUCAUUCAGCAUGUAUGAUUGCUAUCACAACAGAAAACAGGCAAUCCUGCACAAAGGAGAUUGAUUGACAAUGGUCUACAGCCAAUCAGAACGCAGAUCACAAUGGGCGUGUUCUCCCUUAGCCAAUCAGGACUGUUGUGGCUCUGACACUCUGGGCACGUCUUCAACUCUCACGAGAUUACAACACCGUCUCCUGGUAGCAGUAGUAAAUACAAUAACAGACACAUGCAACAGAGCACCGAUAGAUCACUCUAAUACACCACAAGGACGCAGAACACUGCGCGUUCACACGCGGUCAAAAAAGAGUCAAAAUUGCACUUAAAAAAAUCCGAAUCCGCGAAAGGUGAACCGCAAUGGAGUGAGGGAACAGUGUACAUGAAUAAAAACACAGAUACAAUAAACCAUAUAAAACAAAACAUAAAAUGCUGUGAUAUCUGAAUUUACGCGACAGUAAGCAGAGGACAAAGAUGGAUUUGUCCGUGUACCAACAGCUACAGUUUUUUUCUAAACAGAGAAAUACCAUCCAUCCAUCCGAAAAUAUCUUGCCAGCAAAUAUUUUUAUGUUUUUUGUCUGUAGGUUUUCAGUACUGAAAAACAGAAUUAAAUAAUUUAUACAAGUAGGAAAGGAGGCUUAUCAUUUCUCCGCCUUGCACAUUGAAUAUAACGGGGUGGGGGAGUGGUGUACAAAUCGGGGUGCCUGAUGCUUGAAUGCCGUAAAAUAGAUGGACGGAUAACGUAGUUUACACAUGCGUAGUACAAAUCUGGUUGCCUAACACUGCCGAAAAAUAGGCCGAGCAGAUCGUGUUUCCGGUACGGAUCGUGUAGUGAUAGUCCAUCUGAUUCAGCUGGCCUGGGACAUCUUUUCCAGUUAAUUUUGGGUGUGCAAAAAAGGUUUCCACCACUGGAGGGCUAACAAUUCUUCAUUCGUUGUGAUGGAGUGUCUUGGAGCAGAUAAACAAAGCCUUUCCAUCAAUGGUGACAGUGUGUGCCACUCAGUGCAGUGGAAACACACAAUAUCUGUCGACAUGCCUUGGCAAGCUCCACAUUUACGCCACCAAGUCAUGCCAGUCCUGACUCUCUGGGCCCCAGUCCGCUCCAGUGUUUCACCCUCUCUUCUUGCUCGCUCAGCUUCUAAAACCUGUACUUCAUCCUGCGCAUUUAGGCUCAGAAAGAGAAGGUUCUGAUUCCUGACUUGUCCCAAAGUAGUCAUUGGUAGCAGCUCCCAAAGUCUGCCAUAGCAAACACAGAACAUGCUCUAUGUAUUGAGUCAUGCCUGGUGUGUAAUAUCUUGACCAUCCCCAUGUACUGUAGCUAAAAAAAGGUAAGCUUGCCGCAGAAUGAUGUGAAAGAAGAAUGAUGUCACAUAUUGUUGUUUCUUUCCUUCACUUUGUUCCAUGUCUGUUUUCCCAAGACACUCACAUUCCUCCCUAAUUUCAAACAGAGCUAAUUAACCAUUUGCAACUUUGUCUAUUUAUUUUUGUGGCGUAUCUCUGGAGUUUCCAAGUGAACAAAAACAAUUUCUUAGUUGGUUGCAGAUGAAAAUGUUUAAGAUUUGUUUUUUUCACGGCACAAAGGUUCACCUGAGGACAAAUAGGCACACCACACCUCACACACUGUUGAUGUACAAUAUUCCUGCAUACAUCACGGUGAAAUAUAAAGCUGCAUUUAUUAUUCUCCAUAUUUGCAAUGGCAAACUGCUUGAGGGAAGCGGCAAUGAAUUGUAAAGUAAAAACAUCACUGAAUGAAAAUUAGCUGCUAGGAUACUACAUGAGUUGUGUUGGAAGUUAAAAGACUCCAAUAACUCUUUAUUCAUAAAAUUUGUUUUUUUUUCCAAUUGUGUGGCUUUAUCUUGUUUACGUUCAUUAAGAAGGCUUGGGUAUAGUUUACGUAUUAUUUGAUAACAGUGGUAAACAAAAAAAAAAAAGGGAAACGUACAGAUUUAAUAUAAAAACAAUGCCUUUUGUUUUUACGGAAUUUUGGGACAUGCAACUUGAACAGAAUAGUAAUUUAAAUACUUCAAUAAUACAGUUGAAUCUUGGUUAGUGUCAUUAAUUAGGUCCAGAAGGUCAGGUUCGAAUCAAAACGGAUGUUAACCAAAUCUAUUUUUCCCAUAAAUCCCAUAAAUCCAAUUAAUCUGUUCCAGAAAGCCAAAAAUAUGAACACAAAACACGUUUUCAUAGUUUUACAAUUAUAGUUUCAUUGCACAAAACUAUUCAAAAUGCAUAUAAAAACACAUAAAUGAUGAAUGAAAGGGAUAAAUGAACAUUUACUUUUACCUUCAUUGAAGACACAAUGUGGAAGCAAGAAACCACACAGACACCACCUUCCUGUUUUGCCAUGAGUUAUUUCUUGAAUUCCAAAGUGUUUCUCACAUCAAUACUGUAACCACAAAUGGAGCCAAAAAAGUUAUGGGAAACAUUAUUGAAUUCAAGAAAGAAGUUAUAACCAAACAGGAAAAUGGUGUCCGUGUGGUAUCUCGCUGCCAAAUCGUGUUUUUGGGAACAGUCAUUUCGUCAAUGAUGGUAAAAGUAGCCUUAAAUGAUCAUUUAUUCUGAUCAUUCGUCAUGUAUAUGCGUUUAGAAUAGUUUUAUGCAUGUAAAAUUAUAAUUGUAAAACUAUAACUUUUGACAGUUUGCUGAUGACAUCAUAGACGAGCGGCCCUUGUUAGCAAGCUGUGCUAACAAGGGCAUUUGUGAUAAAAAUACAUUAAGAAUACAGUUGGGCUCACACAGUGUAUUAAUAACACCACACGAUACAUGCCAUAUUGAAUGCCAGGUGUGUCCAAAUUGCACCCAGGGGGCCAUUUUUUUUUUGUUGGCUCGGGGCAAAAUGUAGAAGUAACAUUAAACCCAAAAAAACAACAAAAACUGGAAAGAUAAAAAAAGGGACAAUGUGAAGAAAUAAUGAUACUAAUAACUACAUUAUUAUACAUUAUUAUCAUACAAAUCUUUGUCUUGAUAUAAUUACAGCAGUCCCUCGCUACAUCGCAGUUCAAAUAUUGCUUCAUCACUCUAUUUUUUUCAAACAUUAGUUAAUUAAUAAAUCAUUGCUGUUUUGUGAUUGACUACAUCCUAUCAUUAGUGAAAAAAAUAUGCAUAUUGAAGCUAAUUGUACAGAUUUUUUCCCAAAUGGCAUAAAAAUGUCUAAAUGAACUAAAAUACAAAUACAGUAUAAGCCAUUAAGACCACUAACUUGUCAAAGUAGUAUUCUACAUUGGUGUCAUUAAUGGAGACCACCACCAAAGCACCAGACCCCACCAAACUCCCCCCACAGCACUUGAGAAAAAUAAGUUACUGACAAGUUGUUACUUACUGCAAUAUCACCUUCAAGCACUUGUUGCAGGUGACUGAGUUGGCAUCUUCUGAGGUGAAGUACAACCACACAAGCCCUGAGCAUUUUAACGAGAUGCUCACCGCCGAUGAUGAAAAACUGUCAUCAAUCAAAACAUCGGCAGUAAUACAGGGGUGUGAAAAAGUGUUUGGCCCCUUCCUGAUUUCUUAUUUUUUUGCAUGUUUGUCACACUUAAAUGUUUCAGAUCAUCAAACACAUUUAAAUAUUAGUCAGUGACAACACAACUGAACACAAAAUGCAAUUUUUAAUUAAACUUUAUUGUUAAGGGAUAAAAAAAAUCCAAACCUACAUGGCCCUGUGUGAAAAAGUGAUUCCCCCUAAACCUAAUAAGUGGUUGGGCCACCCUUAGCAGCAACAACUGCAAUCAAGCGUUUGUGAUAACUUGCAAUGAGUCUCUUACAGCGCUGUGGAGGAAUUUUGGCCCACUCAUCUUUGCAGAAUUGUUGUAAUUCAGCCACAUUGGAGGGUUUUCCAGCACGAAGCGCCUUUUUAAGGUCAUGCCACAGCAUCUCAAUAGGAUUCAGGUCAGGACUUUGACUAGGCCACUCCAAAGUCUUCAUUUAGUUUUUCUUCAGUCAUUCAGAGGUGGACUUGCUGGUGUGUUUUGGAUCAUUGUCCUGCUGCAGAACCCAAGUUGGUUUCAGCUUGAGGUCACCAACAGAUGGCCGGACAUUCUCCUUCUGGAUUUUUUGGUAGACAGCAGAAUUCAUGGUUCCAUUCAUCACAGCAAGUCUUCCAGGUCCUGAAGCAGCAAAACAGCCCCAGACCAUCACACUACCGCCACCAUAUUUUACUGUUGGUAUGAUGUUCUUUUUUUGAAAUGCAGCAUUACUUUUAUGCCAGAUGAAAUGGGAGACACACCUUCCAAAAAGUUCAACUUUUGUCUCCACAGAGUAGACCACAGAGUAUUUUCACAAAGGCCUUGGGGAUCAUCAAGAUGUUUUGUAGCAAAAUUGAGACAAGCCUUAUUGUUGUCUUUGUUCAGCAGUGGUUUUCGUCUUGGAACUCGUUUUUGCUCAGUGUCAUUGUUAUGGUGGAAUCAUGAACACUGACCUUAACUGAGGCAAGUGAGCGCCUGCAGUUGUUUGGAUGUAUUUGUGGGGUCUUUUUGUGACUUCUUGGAUGAGUCGUCGCUGCGCUUUUGGGGUCAUUUUGUUUGGCCGGCCACUCCUGGGAAGGUUCACCACUGUUGCAUGUUUUCGCCAUUUGUGGGUAAUGGCUCUCACUGUGGUUUGCUAGAGUCCCAAAGCUUUAGAAAUGGCUUUAUAACUUUUUUCUUUCUUAAUUCAAUUAGUUAAGUUAUGUUUAAGUUAUGUUUUAACAAGGGGGCAAUCACUUUUUCACAAAGGGCCAUGUAGGUUUGGAUUAUUUUCCGUUUAAUAAUAAAAAGUUUCAUUCAAUUUGUUUGAUGAUCUGAAAUAUUUAAGUGUGACAAACAUGCAAAAAAAUAAGAAAUCAGGAAGGGGGCAAACACUUUUUCACACCCCUGUAUACCUCAUUUUUGCCUCAUUUCAGCACCACUAAAUUUAGCUUACUAAAUUUACUUUAAAUGAUUAGUAAAUAUUAAUUUAGCAGUAAAAUAAGGCACCAACAUCUACUUAGUUUUUUUGGUCUGAUUACCAUCAUUAAGUUGACACUGGUGCUGUUAUGGUACAGAUGUUUUGGUACAGAUCACUAUUCUUAGAAUAAAGUGCACCAAACUAGAAGUGAUGCUGUGACUUCAUCACCGUUGCAACAGUGCAAAUUUUCCAUGGGACUAUCUGACAAGAAUAAACUUUUGUGUAUAGGAAAAUGAAAGCGCUUAAAGCCUCUUGCUGCAUAGCAGAGCUAUUGUGAUGCACUUAAAAUGCCACGAAAACAUGUGUUUUGUGUUUUGCAAUCAUUUUUAUGCAUGUAUUUUCCCUCACAAAAACUGUCAGGUAAAGCAAAAAAUAUGUUGUUAUUUACAAAUGACAGUAUAUCAUCUUUGUGUAUAUUCAAGUUGGAAAAACAAAAGAGAGUAGAACUUACCUUUGUCUGUUGUGUGUGGCGGCCCAGAUGAGAAUACUUUGCAUCAUCAUUUCUGUGUCUUAUUGGUGCCAAAUCUUGCCAAAAGAUGGGAGAAAAAAAGACAUGAGGAACGGUCCAUCAGUGCUAUUUGUUUCACUGUGUGCAUGUUUGCUUUGGAUUCAGAGGGAAAAAGCUGAUAAUAAACAUGUGAAGUAAAGUAGUGUGGUAGUCCUACUACAGUAUGUCCAAUAAUAGCGAGAUGAAGAUGUUCAGAGUGAGGAGUGUUUAACCAAAGCAAUAAGUGUUCAUUCUGAUGCAAAGACAUUCACAGCACUGGACGUGAUUGAAGAAAGCGCCAGUGGCAAGUGCUAUCUGGCCACGGCAGCCCUGCCAGCGGAACUAAACGCAUUUACACUGAGAGGCCCCUGGCCAUGGAAGCUCAACAUUACAUUUAUGAUACACUCAUACACACACACACACACACACACAGAGCUUUACAGUCUAGUGCGAGCAUAAAGGGGCAACAUUCAACUACAUUAAAACACGUCAGCCAGUCCUUCAAGUUAAUCACCAUAGUACAGCACUUGACUUCUUUUUACACCUCAAAUGUCCUCAAAAACAGAGUUAAGCAGUUAAUAAAGAUUUUAUGAUGGCCACAGGUUGACAGGGUGGGAUUUUGUUGGACCUUAAAGGUUCCAUUAUCCGUUUAUAGCAGUUAAUUGGGUCCAGACCCGACUACAAUAAAUAUAUUUCCACGAUAUAGGAUUCAUUGUUAAUAAAUAAUAUAUGAAUAAUAAUAAUAAUACAAUAUUUUUAUAGUUAAAGCAUAGAA